AUGACUACCGAUUACAAGUUCGAAGGAUGGAUGGGCGAGGAUGAACGAUCAGCGGAAGGAAAUAUGGUUUGGCAAGAGUACAAGCCGAAGAAGUGGGAGGAGACUGACGUUGAUAUCCGCAUUACCCACUGUGGUAUUUGCGGCUCUGACAUUCACGUCCUCCGUUCAGGCUGGCGUCAAGCACCAUACCCCGUUGUCGUAGGCCACGAGAUCGUGGGCGUGGCCGUACGCGUUGGCAGCCAAGCUGAAGGCGGUAUCAAAGUCGGCGACAUCGUCGGUGUUGGUGCUCAAUCCGAUGCCUGUCUCAAUCGUAAGCUAGGCGAUGACAACCAACAGCGGCCCAACUGCAAUGAGUGUGCCUCUGGAGAAGAGAAUUACUGCACCCGCAUGGCCCCGACAUACGGCUCGAAGUUUCUAUCCACAGGCGAUAAGACGCAAGGCGGCUAUGCUCGUUAUCACCGGUGCCCGUCACACUUUGUCUUCCGCAUUCCCGAGGGUGUCGCUCCAGAACAUGCAGCGCCGCUUCUCUGUGGUGGCGUAACUGUCUAUUCACCUCUUAAGCAAUUCGGCGCUGGGCCUGGUAAAAAGGUCGGUAUCGUUGGUGUUGGUGGUCUUGGUCAUUUUGCUGUACUCUUUGCUCGUGCACUCGGGGCCGAUGAGGUUGUAGGUAUCUCGCGCAGGGAAAGCAAGAGACAGGAAGCUAUGGACCUUGGGUGUACAGAUUAUAUCGCCACGGCUGAUGAAGAGGGAUGGGAGACUAAGAACUCUCGCAGACUUGACCUUAUCAUCUCGACUGUCUCGUCUCCCAAGAUGCCGCUGGCCGAUUAUAUCGGUCUUUUACGACUGGACGGUACGCUCGUUCAAGUUGGGCUUCCAGAGGGGCAGCUCCCGUUCCGACCUGGCAGUCUCACUGGCGCACGUCGCAGAAUCGCUGGUUCAAGCAUUGGGUCACCUGCUGAGAUCCGAGAGAUGCUGCAGCUUGUUGCCGAUAAGAAGGUCAAGCCUUGGGUCGAGAUGCGUCCCAUGGCAGAGGCAAACCAGGCUAUCGUUGACUUCGAGGCCGGAAAGCCGCGAUUCCGGGGGACUCAUACCCGCACAACCGGCUAUAAGGCCACGUAA